AUGGCUGACAAACCUGCUACCACCGGCGACAAGGUCAGCGACAUUGCCGACCGCAUCUCUGGCAUGAUGGGCGAGGCCAAGGGCGAGGCCAAGAAGGCCGACGACGCCAAGCCCGAGGCUCAAGCGACGAACCUUCACGAGCCUGAGCAUGACGUCCAGGUCACCCUCGCUGACCAGCAGGCCGAUCCCAACUCGCCGCUCUACUCGGUCAAGUCGUUCGAGGAGCUUGGACUGCACGAGAACCUGCUCAAAGGCAUCUACGCUAUGAAGUACCAGAAGCCGUCCAAGAUUCAAGAAAAGGCGCUUCCCCUGCUGCUGCAGAAUCCGCCGAAGAACAUGAUCGGCCAGUCUCAGUCGGGAACCGGAAAGACGGCCGCCUUCAUCCUCACGAUGCUGUCCAGGAUCGACUACAGCCUCAAGAAGCCCCAGGCAAUCGUCCUCGCUCCGUCUCGUGAGCUUGCCCGGCAAAUCAUGGAGGUGGUGCAGACCAUGUCCAAGUUUACCGACGUCACAACGGCGCUCUCGCUGCCUGACGAGGUCAAGCGUGGCGACAAGGUCGAUGCGCAGCUCAUUGUCGGUACGCCCGGCAAGACUUUUGAUCUGAUCAAAUCCAAGAGCAUCGACACGAGCGCCAUCAAGGUGUUUGUGCUCGACGAGGCCGACAACAUGCUCGACCAGCAGAGUCUGGGAGAGCAGAGCAUCCGUGUCAAGAACACGAUGCCCAAGACGUGUCAGCUCGUCCUCUUUUCGGCGACGUUCCCGGACCACGUGCACGAGUUCGCGCUCCGGCUCGCCCCGGGGGCCAACGAGAUCCGGUUGAAGCAGGAGGAGCUGUCGGUCGAGGCGAUCAAGCAGUUCUACAUGGACUGCAAGAACGAGGACCACAAGUACGAGGUGCUGGUGGAGCUCUACAACCUGCUCACGAUCGGGCAGAGCAUCAUCUUCUGCGCCAAGCGCGAGACGGCGGACCGGAUCGCGCAGAAGAUGACGGCCGAGGGCCACAAGGUCGACUCGCUCCACGGCCGGCUCGAGACGGCGGACCGCGACCGCACGAUUGACGCGUUCCGCGAGGGCAAGAGCAAGGUGCUCAUCUCGACCAACGUGAUCGCGCGCGGCAUCGACAUCCAGCAGGUGACGCUCGUCAUCAACUACGACAUGCCCCUCACCAACAACGGCGAGGCCGACGCCGAGACCUACCUGCACCGUAUUGGACGGACGGGCCGCUUUGGCCGCAAGGGUGUCUCGAUCAACUUUGUCCACGAUCAGAAGUCGUGGACCUACAUGGACCAGAUUGAGAAGGCGCUCAAGUGCCAGAUCACCCGCGUCGGCACCGACGAGGUCGAGGAGAUGGAGAAGACGAUCAAGGAUGCCCUCAAGGCCGUGUCCAAGUAG